CUGAUAGGUGGCACUGAUUGGCAUUGAUAAGUGGCGCUGACUGGCACUGAUGGGUGACAUUGAAAGGCAGCUCAGAUGGGCACUGAUAUGUGGCAUUGAUGUGCACUGGAAAUGCACUGAUAUGUGGCAUUGAUGUGGCACUGAUGGGCACUGGCACAUGGCACUGCUGAGCACUGACAGGUGGCACUUCUGGGGCCACACUGAUUAUCAGGGCACACUGAUCACCAGUGCCCUGAUUAUCACUGUUAGCGUGAUAGCUCGAGAGGAGAGAAAUGCCAAUAACCGGCAU